UUUAUGGUGGAAAAAAAUAUCAGAGACUUGGUAUUGCCCAGCCAGGUAGUAUUGACUUGGCUUUGAAAACGUGCGGUUUAUUCGUUUUUAGAAAAUUAAACGCUUGUAAAUCGUAGGCGUCAAUUGAAAACUGGCUAUAGUUGAACAAAAAAUUUCACAAAAAAGCGAUUUUUUGUUGUUAAAUUAAAAAAAAGAGAAAAAUGUUUCAAACACAAUAUUUGGGUCGCAUAUUUUUCGCUCUCGUGGUAUUGAAGGUGGUGGCGUGUUUUUCAACACAAUAUUUGGGAAAUGCAGUACAUCCAACUCUGGAGAAUCACUGUUUCUAUGAGGAAUACAAUCUAACCAUACCCCUGGGAGAGACUCAACAUCCAACCGAUAUUGAAUAUGAAUGUUUUAAAAUUCAUUGUCGUUCCGAUUAUGUUUUGGAAAUAAAACACUGUGAUCGUUAUCCAAACUAUUGCAUUGAAAAAUCGGACUAUGACUAUUCGAAACCCUAUCCCAGCUGUUGUCCAAAAAUCAAGUGUCCCAAAAAGUAACGAAAUGGUGUUUCGAAUUUAAUUUCACGGAAAUCAUGUGUCAAUUUUAGAAUUUAUAGAAAUUAAUAAUGUCGUAGUUAAGUGAAAUAUAAAAAAAACAU